AAUAAUAAUAAUAAUAAAGAAUAAAUAAUAUAGAAAGAGAAGAGAGUUGAGAUUUCAAAAGUCUUUCUGACUCCAAACUCCAUUUUUAUCCUAUGCCACUUUUUCAUAAAAGUUCAGAACAGAUUGUUUGAUGUUUUUCUUAUUGUUCAUUAUUACUUUUUAAAAGGUUGAUUCUGACAUUUGAUGUACAUUUCCUGACAAACUACGUAUCAUUUUCCUCCCUCCCUUCUGUCUUUCCUUCCUUUUAUCCUUCCAUUUAUAAUGCAACAGAUGAUAGUUUUUCAUGGUGUCCUGUAGGUAGUGUAUUUUAUUUUAAAAUACCAGAUAAAAUUAUCAGCAGCCACUUGUGGAAAGCUUCACCGGAAAAUAUUACUUCAACUAUACUUAUGUGUUUUUUAAAAUGCUAGUUUUGCUGAUCUCCACUUAGAACAACAGAAACACAGAUGGCUACAGUUACUGGAUUUGCUGCCAGUUUUUAUGCCCCCUUUCUCAUAUACAUUUAUGGUGACCAAGUUUACUUUCAAAAACAUAUGCUAAGAAUAGUAACAGAUUUUUCAGAUUUGAAGUUGUCUAGGAAAAAAGUAUGCUUCAUGUUAAGAAAGAGUCUGUAAGAUCAACAAAGCAGAUUCAUCUAGAAAACCCAUUCUCUGAGCAGGCCAUUUUCAUCUCUAACCAAUAAACACCAGAUUCCUUAGCUUGGCAGUCAAGAACCUUGACCAUAUCUGGUCUCAGAUGAUUCUUCAUGCUUUUUUUUCUAGUUCCAAGAUGCUGUACUCUAUUUUCCAGCAAAAUGGGACAGUUGAUUUUACCUCAUAGCCAUGCUUUCCUCUGUUUUGCUUGUCGUUGUUUCGUUUGCCUGGGGAGAUUUCCUCUUACUUCUUCCUAGCUCAGAUGCCACCUCCUUCAGAAAGUGUUCCUGGAUUAGAUGUGCUUUCACACCUCUAGACCUCACUGGUCUUUAUUUGUCCCUUCUUUAGGACACAUAUACAACAUCUUUUACUUUAAUUAUUUCUGCCCCAAUUCAAAGAACAAUUAGAAGGCUAUUAAUAAAAAAUGAAUGUGUCAGAACAGUUGAAAGAAGUUGCUUAACAAUAAUUCCUUCUAAUGAUAUAAUGAGACAGGAUUGCAGACAGGUGGCCUGCAAUUUUUUUUUUAAAGUUGCCUACCGUAGUGUUUGAAGAAAAACAAUUCAAUUGGAAUGCCUGCUGAUUGGCACACACACUCUAACCCACCAGUCUCCCUGUUCCCCAUUACCUUCUACUGGUACAUCAUAUAUUUACAUUCCCUGACUCACUCUGGGUGGCACUUGAGUUUACAAGCUCCAUAUAGAGGUUACAUCAAUCAUUUGAUAUAUCAGGUGCAAGUCAUGACUCUGUCACUUUCUAGCUAGCUGUCUCAGGUUAAGAGCAAGACUUCUAAUGAUACCUUUGAAUGGCCCUUUCUUUUUGAGGUGGCCUUAUGCAAAUAAAUAGGUGCAGCUGACCCUUGAACAAUGUGAGGGCUAGGGGUGCCAAUCACCUGCACAGUCCAAAAUCCACCUGUAACCUUUGACUCCCAAAAAGCUUAACCAAUAGUCUUCUGUUGACCUCACCAGUAACACCGUUGACUAACACAUGUUUUGUAUGUUAUAUGCACUAUAUCCUGUAUUCUCACAAUAAAGUAAGCUGGACAAAAGAAAAUGUUAUUAAGAAAAAUCAUAAGGAAGAGAACAUAUUUCAUUAUUCAUUAAGUAGAAAUAGAUAAUCAUAAAGGUCUUUACCCUCAUUGUCUUCACACUGAGUAGGCUGAGGAGGAGGGGGAAGAGGAGGGGAUGGUCUUGCAGUCUCAGAGGUGGCAGCUGCAGAAGAAAAUCUGAGAACAAGCGGAUCCAUGCAACUCAAUCCUGUAUUGUUCAAGACUCAACUGUAUAUUUUUGCAUGUGGGCUCAAAUACAUACACACACAUGGCCGUGGGUCAAAGAUUCAUAGAAUAAAUUAGACAGCAAGAAUAUUUAUCAUUGAAUUGAAAUGGCUCACUGCAAAACUGCCUUCAACUUAUCUCUAGGCCUUAGAAACAGAAGUGACCAUUUGCUGCUGUGAAUCAAUAGCCUGGACUAGAUUGGGGUUGGGUUGGCCAAGGUACAUAGUCAUUGCCAUAGUCCAGUAUUCCUGCCCAAGCAGUCACCAUUAGUAGUCACAUUGUUCAGACAGGGCCUCUCGGCUCUUCCCACCACUGCGUGCUGGAUUGUCUGCCACCAGUAGAUGAGAGUUGGCAAAAGGGAUAAAUCAGGAUGAAACAUUUGGGCAUUUUGCAGUUCAGAGAAACUUUGGGGGUGCUGCUUUAGUGAAAAAUGAGAGACUUGCAUUUAUUAAAGUUUUGUAAGAAGUGAAAUCGUGUAUGUAAAAGUACAUUAUAAAUUAGAAAAUGCAGUAAAGGCAGAAACUAUUUAUUUAUUGGUUGUUCUGCACUUUACCUAAGUGGUUUUUGAUCAUUUCACAAUGUAUAAGCGUUGGGUUUUACCUCCAUUUUAUGGAUGUGGAAAUAGGGCUUGUAUGUUAGCUAACUUGCCCAAAUCUUACAGUUAACAGAAAGUGGUACUCCCGAGAUUCCUACCCAGGUUUGUCUGACCUCAGGCCUGUGCUCUUUGUAUGAGUUUGUGCUGACUCCUAGAUGAUGUGCUAGGCACAAAAAUUAGAUAUUACACCAAUUUCCACUAUAGUUAACAUUCUAUCUAAAUAUAAAGUGGGACCACAGUCUUAGAUGAAUGUGGCUGUUGAGAAUAGCAAUAAUCCAGGAUGGCUACUCUGAUCUAUGUUGAUAAGGAAAAUGGAGAACCAGGCACCCGUGUGACUGCUAAGGAUGGACUGAAGCUGGGGUCUGGACCUUCAAUCAAAGCCUUAGAUGGGAUAUCUCAAGUAACACCACGUUUUGGCAAAACGUUCACUGCUCCAUCAGCCUUACCUAAAGCUACCGGAAAGGCUUUGGGAACUGUCAAGAGAGCUACAGAAAAGUCAGUAAAGACCAAUGGACCCAGUAAACAAAAACAGCCAAGCUUUUCUGUCAGAAAGAUGACUGAGAAGACUGUUAAAAAAAAAGCUAUUCCUGCCUCAAAUGAUGCCUAUCCAGAAAUAGAAAAAUUAUUUCCCUUCAAUCCUCUAGACUUUGAGAGUUUUGACCUGCCUGAAGAGCGCCAGAUUGCACACCUCCCCUUGAGUGGAGUGCCUCUCAUGAUCCUUGAUGAGGAGGGAGAGCUUGAAAAGCUGUUUCAGCUGGGCCCCCCUGCACCUGUGAAGAUGCCCUCUCCACCAUGGGAAUGCAAUCUGUUGCAAUCUCCUUCUAGCAUUCUGUUGACCCUGGAUGUUGAAUUGCCAAUUGUUUGCUAUGACAUAGAUAUUUAAAUUUCUUAGUGCUUUAGAGUUUGUGUGUAUUUGUAUUAAUAAAGCAUUCUUUGUUUAACAACAUAAUAAAUACAUAAAUAUAAAGUGGGUCAUAUUCCUCUUUAUGUGCAUCUGUCUCAGCUGUCCCUUGUUUCUAUAUUUCUUCAAUAGUACGGCCCCUACUCUUUGAGGAUAUGUCAACAUAAUUUACUUCUGUAGAGAAACAGGAGACAGGAAAUAGCAAAGGAUAAAGGAGAAAAGGCCAGGGUCAGGCCAAGAACUUCCUAUAUCUUUUCUUCCCAGCCUAGCGUGAACCAGAUGAAAGCCUUAAAGAGGUCCUAGCAGCAAAGGGAGAUAAUUAAAAGAAUGAGAAUUUUGUGGAAUGCUAAAAAAAAAAAAAAAAAAAAA